CUGGACACAAGACAUCUAAAGCAGCUGCUGCCUCCCAACUGGAAUAUUAACCUGCUGUAACACUGUUUAAAUACCCGGAUCUCAACGCCUUUUACAUUCAAUCCUAACAAGCUGUUGAAUCCGUGAUCAUUAUGAUGUUUAAUAAGGGGAGAGUAAGCAGCGCUUUUUUAAUAUCUUGGAUGUACUUUGUCUACAUUUCCUCGGGAAUGGAAACUACAAUUGACCCAACUGCUGAAUCUAUCACUUUAAGUGACAUCAUAGGCAAUGCCACAGAAUGGAUGAUGGAUUUCACUGACAUCGAGUCCAAGUUUUCUUUUCGGACCCUCGAAGAACCUGAAGAUGACCUGUGCUACAUAGUUCCUGGUCAACCCCAAUCCAUCAAAGACUGUAACUUCAAUACAGAAACCAAGACUUUUAUAGUUAUUCAUGGAUGGACGGUCACGGGAAUGUUUGAGAGCUGGGUUCCCAAACUGGUAACAGCUCUUUAUGAACGAGAGCCCUCAGCCAAUGUUAUUGUUGUGGACUGGUUGUCCCGUGCGCAACAACAUUACCCAACAUCAGCCUCCUACACAAAACUAGUUGGCAAAGACGUGGCCAAAUUUGUCAACUGGUUACAGGCUGAAAUUGAUUAUCCUUGGGAGAAGCUGCAUCUGUUGGGUUACAGUCUUGGCGCUCAUGUUGCAGGAAUCGCUGGCCUUCUCACCAAACAUAAAGUUAACAGAAUCACAGGCAUGGAUCCUGCUGGCCCGACCUUUGAGUAUGCAGAUUCCCUAAGCACUCUUUCUCCAGACGACGCCAAUUUCGUUGAUGUUCUUCACACCAACACCCGUGGUUCUCCAGAUCGUAGCAUUGGGAUUCAGAGGCCGGUGGGACACAUAGACAUCUACCCCAAUGGUGGGACCUUCCAACCUGGCUGUGACCUCCAGAACACGAUGUUAAUGGUGGCCACUACUGGUUUGAGAAAUAUGGAUCAGAUCGUGAAGUGUUCUCACGAGCGCUCUAUUCACCUCUUCAUUGACUCUCUGGUGAACCAGGACCAUGAGAGCAUGGCUUUUCGCUGCAGCUCCAGAGACAGCUUUAACAAGGGCAUGUGCCUCAGCUGCCGCAAGAACCGCUGCAACAAGGUGGGAUACGCAGUUAACAAAAUUCGCACACGCAGGAGCAGCAAGAUGUACAUGAAAACCAGAGAGAUGAUGCCAUAUAAAGUUUUCCAUUAUCAAGUGAAGGUCCACUUCUUUGGAAAGACACAAUUAAGCUACACUGACCAGCCCAUGAAGAUCUCAUUGUAUGGAAUACAUGGCGAGAAGGAGAAUAUUCCCUACAUUAUGCCUACUUUGAACACAAACAGCACCGUGUCUUUCCUGUUGACCACGGAUGCAGACAUCGGAGAGCUGCUGAUGGUUAAACUUCUCUGGGAGAAAGACACGCUCAUCAGCUGGCCUUGGUGGAACUCCGACACCUUCCACAUUCGCAAACUGCGCAUCAAGUCUGGAGAGACACAGUCAAAAAUCAUCUUUAGUGCAAAAGAAAGUGAAUUUUCCUACCUUUCCCGUGGAGGUGAGGCGGCCGUCUUCGUGAAAGACAAAGAGGCCCAGUCGAGCCGCAAAAACCAGAGAUUGCACAAGAUGAAGAUGCACGGCAGUUCAUUCAAACAGAACACCGAGUAAAGACCCACGUCAAAAUCCACCUCCGCUGGGAUCUGGCACAGAAUCUGCCAGGGAAAACUGGAAUGGUAGAAUCUGACCUUUCCCGUAUAUAUUCGGACUAACAACCUUCACCCAACCCAAGUCCAGGAGCACAUUCUGCAAGAAACCGCAUCUUGAAAAUGUUACUGCUGUGCAGUUAUAAAACAAAAAAAUAUAUAUUUUUGGAAAGAUCA